AUGGGUCUCCAAGAAGACAUGCCACAAACGAUACCCGGCAACACGCUCAUCAAACAACUGGUCACUUAUAGUACCCGACGACAGACGAGCUUCAAAGCCCCCAAAAACCGUUUCCCCAAUGCGAAAGGCCAAGCCCACAAAUCCUCCGAGUCCAACUGGAACUACGCGAAGAAACCCUCAAUCGCCGCAGCCUCCAUAAUCGGUGCAAUCACUUUCUUCGCCAUCGUUUUCCUGAUAGUAUGGUAUAUCAGACGAAGGAGACAACGAAAGCGACUCGACCUCCAACUCCAAGACAUGGAAAACCAACUCCAAGAUACUUUUAACCAGUCCAGCCUCACCCUGAACGAAGUCGUAAACCAGUCACUCGACGACUUUCUCAGGAAAGACAUCGAGCCCGAGCGCACAUCCCUGAUGUUUAGUCGCAGCCGCUCGCCCUCGCUUUCCUUUAUCGUCGACGAAAACGACAGACAAAGAAGCCCGUCCUCAAGACUCUAUCGAACCAGCUACGAAGCAUCGUCGGAUACGCUCGGCAAAUUGACCAGGGUCUCAACAGAAGAAUCUAAAGCCAGCACGGUGCUCUCUCUCCCAGAUCUCACGCGAGCGAUAUCGUGUGGCUCUAGCUCGACGCAAGUCCUGGCCAUGCCGUUACCCUCGCGUCUUUCCAGCGCAUCAAUUAUCGCUCCGACGGUGCGGUCUUCAACGUGGACUACUACCAGUGCGUCGACGAUAAUGGCCUCGACCGGGACGGAUAUUACACCGCGAGACUCGGCUUAUGGUUUGCAUGGUUUGCCGGGUGAGAGAAAUGUGCGUGUUCGGUCCAUGUCGCGUCGCGAGAUUCGUAAUUCGCUGAGCCCGGCGUCUUCGAUUAUACGGGCUCAUCCGUCUAAUGCGUCGCGGGCUUCGAGUCGGAUUUCGGUUGCUAGUCACAGGUACUCUGCCCCGCGUGCUAUUCAGCAGUCGGAGGGUUCGCGGAGGGUACGGGCCAAGUCUAAUCGUGAGAGUACAUCGACGAUUGAGUCGCCUGUUGAUUCUGCUUGGAGUGCGUCUGGGAGGUCCUCCGAGUUGCCGUCGAUUAUGUCGACCUCGUCGAAUCAGUCGCCUUUGUUUCGGUUUUCAGAAGGGUGA